AUGGCUAGCGCAACCGCAGACUUCGGCAUUGAUGUUUUUGCCAAAUACAAGCCCAUCGCCCUCGACCCCGCCAAUCCCAAGCUAUCCGAACAGCAAAAAGCUGAUCUUCUAUCAAACAUCGCCGUCCUCCGAGACACAAUCGUCUACUUCACAUCCUCCGGAGCAGCUCGCGGAGUAAGCGGUCACACUGGUGGUCCAUACGAUACCAUUCCCGAAGUAUGCAUCCUCGAGGCCUUCUUCCUACACUCCUCAGAGAAAUUCAUCCCCAUUGUAUACGAUGAAGCCGGACACAGAGUCGCUACGCAGUAUCUGCUGAGUGCUCUGCACAAGCAUAUCCCAUUCGAACAUCUCCUGCAUUACCGUGAGGCCAAUUCCAAGUUGCCGGGUCAUCCCGAACUCGGUCUCACACCCGGCGUCCAGUUCAGCUCCGGACGUCUCGGACACUUGUGGUCGUUUGUUAAUGGUGUCGCCCUUGCGAACCCAGAUAAGACACUCUUCAUGCUCGGCUCGGAUGGUUCUCAACAAGAAGGAGACGAUGCCGAGGCCGCUCGUCUUGCCGUGGCACAGAACUUAAACGUCAAGAUUAUUGUCGACGAUAACGAUGUUACCAUUGCCGGACAUCCUUCGGACUACAUGAAAGGAUACUCGUUGGCACAGACAUUGAAGGGACAUGGCCUGACUGUAUUUGAGACACCGGGAGAGGACGUUGACAAGCUCUAUGCUUCUAUAUGCACCGCAGUCACACACAAUGGACCUGCUGCUGUUAUCUGCAAGAGAAAGAUGGCUCCGGGAAUUAAGGGUUUAGAAGGUACAACUCACGCCCACGAUGUCAUUCCCGUCAAGAUUGCAACCGAAUAUCUCAAGGAACGUGGUUACGACAAAGCUGUUGAGAAGCUCCAAGCCAUCACGCCCAACUCCCUCGCAUAUCUCUACACUGGCUCUACCCAGGAGAAGAGCGCCAACCGUGUCGUUUUUGGUGAAGCCGUCGUCUCAGUUCUAGAAGGCCUUUCAAAGGAGGAAGCCCGCGAUCGUGUCCGCGUAAUCGACUCGGAUCUUGAGGGCUCAACCGGAUUGAGUGUAAUCCACAAGCAGCGCCCUGAAGUGUUCCUCUCUUCCGGAAUCAUGGAGCGAGGCAACUUUUCUGCAGCAGCCGGUUUUGGUUCUACCAAGGACAGACAGGGAAUUUUCUCCACAUUCUCUGCCUUCCUCGAGAUGAUCAUCUCGGAAAUCACCAUGGCUCGCCUUAACCUCGCAAACGUCCUGUGUCAUUUCUCCCACUCCGGUGUUGACGAGAUGGCAGACAACACCUGCCAUUUCGGCCUUAAUACCUACUUUGCCGAUAAUGGCCUGAUCGAUGGCGAUACGACCAGACUUUACUUCCCUGCGGAUGCAAACCAGAUGCGCGCCACUGUUGCCAAGGUAUUCUGGGACCAAGGGAUUAGACUCGUAAUCUCAACCCGUGCUAAGGUACCCUUGAUCCUGAAGGAGAAGAGCGAAGAGCCAUUCUACGGCAAAGGAUAUGAGUUCGCCCCCGGCAAGGACGAAUUUAUCCGCACCGGAACCGCAGGAUACGUCGUUACGUUCGGCGAGAUGGUGUACCGCGCCGUCGACGCUGUCGAUCGUCUGCGCUCCGAAGGGUUGGACGUUGGUCUUAUCAACAAGUCCACGCUGAAUGUUGUUGACGAGGAAGCGAUGCGGAAAUGGGGUUCUACCGGCUUUGUUUUGGUACUGGAGAGUUUGAACCAGAAGACUGGACUAGGGAGUAAGCUGGGCACGUGGCUGUUGGAACGACAAUUGACGCCCAAGUACAAAUAUAUCGGCACGACAAAGGAAGGAUCCGGUGGUCUUGGAGAGCAGAUUUUCCACCAGGGAUUGGACCCACAGAGCGUUAUCAAGGCCGUUAGAAGCUUGCAGUGA